AUGUCCAAAGUCCUCCGCGUCCCUAAGCUCGACCUUCCCACUGUACUCGCUCAGCAGAACCCCCAAAUCGACCUCCGCCUGGAGGCGUACGAAGUCUCCACCCGUAACUUCCUCAAAGCUGUCUCCAACUACACCCAGCGCGCCGUCACAGAGAUCACCAACCGAAAGAACGCUUUCGCAGCAGAAAAGAAGAAGAUUGCGGAAAAGACGGCCCAGAUCGAGACCGAGACGAACCAAUGCAAGCUCAAGGAGAUUGAGCUCAUCGAAGUGUUGGACAAGGAGCAAGCGGAGAAGAAGGAGAGCGAAGCCAGCGUUGCCGCCUUCCGCCGCCAACUCGCCUCUAUCAAGGAGAAAUGCGCCUCACUCGACGUCGAGAUCGAGCAGCACCGCAUCGUCGCUGCUAACCUCAUGCGCGAACGAAAACGCGAAGAAUCCAUCCUGGGCGCGCACGCCUCCCGCGUGCAGCCUGAGCUGGUCGUGUGCGAGGACCGCCUCAAGUGCGCCAUCGAGGGUAUCGAAAGGGACAAGAUCCUCGUCCGCUUCACCCACCUCGACCCCGCGGACCUUCAGCGCGAGUUCUCCCUCGUCGUCGACGUCUCGAGUCGAUCCUAUAAAGUUCCGACCACGACGCCAUUCCUACCAAACCUUCCGAUACUCUUAGAUGAGCUCAACGAGUCGCGCGACAUAUACGCGUUCAUCCGACGUGUUCGAGAAGCGUUCCGGGAGCUCGCUGUGCAAGGGCGAUAG